CACGCCGCCUGAGGCCACUGCAGUCAUUCUGCACGGCCGUGGUUUUGAACUCCGUUGGGCGUAAUUUCUGAUCAGUUUUUCUCCGUUGUUAAGUUUACCCGAUUCGCAGCCCUGCAUUCCAAAAAGGAAGACGAUUUUCUCAUCAUGAGCUCUGAGUUGGACGGUGAUAUGGAAAACCAGGUGGAGUUUGAGAAGACAAGGCUCAUAAACCAGGUCCUGGAGCUGCAAAAUACUCUUGAGGACCUUUCCUCACGGGUAGAUGCUGUAAAGGAAGAGAACCUUAAGCUUAAGUCAGAGAACCAGGUUCUGGGCCAGUACAUAGAAAACCUGAUGUCUGCGUCCAGUGUUUUUCAGACCACUGACUCCAAAGGCAAACGGAAGUAAAGGAAAAUGUUUUGCCUCCUGUCUCAUUUAGUGUGAGUCAGGAACUACCUGCCACCUUACUAGAGUUUACAAUAUUCACACUAUUUAGUUUUACACACACACAGGUGAAAUGUCUAAUGUUGACAUUUGUUUGGUGUGUUUCUGGUACCUUAGAAAUUCUUGAGUAUCACUGUUAUUGUUAGAUUUAUUACGAUGCUAAUUGACAUAGUGAUUUUUGUGCUGCAAAUGUCUCCUGACCUGCAUCUUUCUAAUUUAAAGCAAUUCUGUUCCUGUUUUUUUCUAUUAGAUUUUUUUGCCUUAUGUUAGGGCAGGGUAUUGAAAAUAACAAUGAGAAAUAGCUCCUUUCAGAUUAAUAAAGGAACUGCUUUCAUUUAAUUUCAUUUUAAGAAGUUAAUGCUUUUGUAUUUUAGUUCUUUUCAGUAGUUUGUUUUUGUAGAUGGCAACACAACUGAUGAAAUGACCUUUGAAAUGGCUGCUGUCCUGUUUGUCAUGUACACAUACAUCAUAGAUAACUGGAUCAAUUAUAUAAACUCAUUCUGUUCAGGGAAUGAAAUUUGUGACAUUUUCCUGGUGCUUUUCAGUAGAGGGUUUUACAGGCCUUCAUUUCAGUUGUGUGCAUGCCCUAAAACUGACCACUAUUUAAUAUUUGUGUAGUAUUUUAUCAUUGGUAUUUUUUAGUGCCUGUUUUAAUAAAUCUGUUUUGAUUUGCA